AUGAAGCAGCAGCGGUUGCUGCCCAGUGAGGACGAGGUGAGGGAGGCUGCUACUGAUUGGCCAACGCUUGGGACCACUCUGAGACGAGUCCUUCGCAUGGGAGGGAGUGGGGUGGACGACAGAGGGGGACUGGGGACAGGAGCAGCAGGAGCAGGAGCAGAGCCGACAGGAGAAGCUGCAGCAGGAGCAGCGCGGUCACAUGGUUGGAGCUUCUGUGAAGGGAUGGAGGGAGCUGAAGGAGCAACAUGUCUUGCAGUGGACGAGGAAGGGUUGCAGCAGCAACAACUUCAGCAGCAGCAGCAGCAGCAGCAGCAGCAGCAGCAGCAGCAGCAGCAGCAGCAGCAGCAGCAGCAGCAGCAGCAGCAGCAGCAGCAGCAGCAGCAGCAGCAGCAGCAGCAGCAGCAGCAGCAGCAGCAGCAGCAGCAGCAGCAGCAGCAGCAGCAGCAGCAGCAGCGACAGCAGAAUCAUCAGCAGCAGCUGUCUCUGCAAGUCUCUGCUGUGACUUCACUUGGCCUUCCUGCUGCUAUUGGUGCUCCUGCUGCCAUGGGUCAAGGACCCUCCACCCACUCCAACCGAUCCCCACCGCACCAUCUGCUCCUCCCUCCUCUCGCCUCAGACCCCUUUCUCUCCACCCUCUCCCCGGAGUUAUCACUGCAUCCUCAUUCGCACCUGCCCAUCCUGCUUCUGUUCCUCCUUCACUUCCACCCUUGCCUGCCUGCUGCUGCACCACCACCGAUAACCAUACCACGGGUAACCGUACCAUCAGUUACCACCUUUUCUCAGCAUCCGUCCUCUCUUUCCCCACCUGUAACCGCUAGUCAGCUGCGAGCAACACCACUUGAUAUGUUGGCUUCUGUGCUUCCAGCUGCUGUUACAUCUGGUGUUACAUCUGAUAUUACAUCUGGACGACCAGUGUCGGCCCCGCCUGUCACAAAAUUGGGGCAGGGGCAGCAGGUAAAAUCUGGAGGGUUGCAAAAGACUCAGCAGCAGCAGCAGCAGCCAAUGGAAAUGACGGAAGAGGUUAUAAGGGAGAUGGAAUCCUUGCCAGUGCGGUCAGUGGCAGGGGCAGCUCAAGAGGCAAUGCAGAGGGCAAGUGGUGAUAAUUUGGCAUGGCUGCGACCACAUAGGCGACAGCUUGAGCUGCUUCGGAAACAGCAGCAGGAGCAGCAGCAGGAGCAGCAGCAGGAGCAGGAGUUGUUGACUCAACUGUUGGCCUUGGCAGAGCAGCAAGCACAGCCAGGCAUCGGUGGGGUGUUGGAGCAGCAGGGCAAGGCAGGGCAGCAGCAGGGGGGGAGCAGUCAAGCAGAAGCAUGCGUGGGGUCAGAAAAUGUUCCCCAAGGAGGAGUGGGAUGGGUGGGAGGAGUGAGAAGAGGAGAGGGGUCCGUGCAAGAUCUCACGGUUACCCCUCCUCUGGUGACGCCUUCACUGAUUAGGCCGCCAGUCCUGGCUGGGUCUGCAGUUUCAACUCCUGCUGCCGCUGCUCCCCUGACCACUCCACAGUACGGCUCUUCAGCUGCUGGUGCCGCUACAUCUCAUGGUCCUUCAGGUGCUGCCGUUACAUCUCAUGGCCCACCAGGUGCUGCCAUUCCAUCUCCUGUGGUCCAUGGCCGGUCGAUUCCACCUGCCUCCAUCCCAGCGCGCCAGCAGUCCUUCUCCUCCUUGCAGCCGCCUAUCUUUCUCCAUCAGCCCAACUUGGCGCAGCAGCAGCAGCAGCAGCAGCAGAUAUUGACCUCUCGGCCUGUCGUGAGCCAGCAGCAGGAGGCUAGCGCUCUUACAAGGCGGCCAUUGCAAGGGGAGGGUGCAGGAGGGAGCGAGGAGGACGAGCUGGCACAGCUGGAACAGCUUCGCCAGUUGCUGCUCUUACAGGAGCAGCUUUUAAGGGAUCAACCAGGGGGAGAGGGUCUUGAGUUGAAGAGGCAGGGGCUGGAGGGGAUGAAAGGUGUGGAGUGUUGUGGCGAUUUGAACCAGCAGGUUGAGACAGAGGGGGGUAUAGCAGGGCAAGAAAAACUGUGCUGUUCAGAAGAAUCCUUUCAAAACUUACGGAUUGCGUAG